AGCUCACCUCCGCCUCAAGCUACUUGGCCGCCGCCAAUGAAACUCCUCCCGCUUCUAGUGGGCUUUUCCACUUUGCUCAAUUGUACCCAUACUCAAAGUUGCACCAAGACACCUUGUCUCCCAAAUGCAAAAUGCGAAGUACAUAAUGGAGUUGAAGCCUGCUAUUGCAACAUGGGAUUUUCAGGAAAUGGUGUCACUAUUUGUAAAGAUGAUAAUGAAUGUGAAAAUUCAACCCAGCCUUGUGGUGAAAAUGCCAACUGCACUAACACAGAUGGGAGUUACUACUGUAUGUGUGUGCCUGGUUAUAGAUCCAGCAGCAACCAAGACAAGUUUAUAACUAAUGAUGGAACAAACUGCAUAGAAAACAUGAACGCAAACUGUCAUUUAGAUAAUGUUUGUCUUGCUGCAAAUAUUAACAAAACUUUAACAAAAAUUAGAUCCAUAGGAGAACCUGUCGCUUUGCUACAAGAAGUCUACAGAAAUUCUCUGGAAGAUCUUUCACCACUGGAUAUAAUUACAUACAUAGAAGUAUUAGCUGAAUCAUCCUCAUUUCUAGGUUACAUUAAUAGCACUGACCCAGCCAAGGAUACUCUUUCUAAUUCGACUCUUAAAGAAUUUGUAAAAACCAUGAAUAAUUUUAUUCAAAAGGAUACAUUUAGAGCUUGGAACAAGUUAUCUGGAAAUAGUAGGAGAACUCAUCUUACGAAACUGAUGCACACUGCUGAACAAGUAACUUUAAGUUUAUCUCAAAACUUCCAAAAGGCCACUCAAUUAGAUACUAACUCAAGUGAUGUCGCUCUCAAAGUUUUCUUUUUUGAUUCAUAUCAAAUGCAAUAUAUUCAUCCCCACAUGAACAUGGAUGGAGAUUACAUAAGGUUAUUCCCAAAGAGAAAUGCUGCAUACAAUUCAGAUGGAAAUGUUGCAGUGGCAUUUUUACAUUAUAGAAGUAUUGGUCCCUUGCUUUCAUCAUCUGACCACUUAUUGGAACUUCAGAAUUUUGAUUAUUCUGAAGAGGAAGAAAGAGUCAUCUCUUCAGUAAUAUCUGUGUCAAUUAGUUCAAAUCCACUCACAUUAUAUGAACUUGAAAAUAUUGCAUUUACAUUAAGUCAUAUAAAGAUCUCAGAUAAGCAUAGGAGUCAAUGUGCAUUUUGGAACUAUUCGUCUGACACAAUGAAUGGCAGCUGGUCUUCAAAAGGCUGUGAGCUGAUAUACUCCAAUGAGACCCACACCUCUUGCCAAUGUAAUCACCUGACACAUUUUGCAAUUUUGAUGUCAUCUGGUCCUUCUAUUGGUAUUAAAGAUUAUAAUAUUCUUACAAGGAUCACUCAACUAGGAAUAAUUAUUUCCCUGAUUUGCCUUGCCAUAUGUAUUUUUACCUUCUGGUUCUUCAGUGAAAUACAAAGCACCAGGACAACAAUUCACAAAAAUCUAUGCUGUAGCCUAUUCCUCGCUGAACUUGUCUUUCUUGUCGGAAUCAAUAUAAACACUAAUAAGCUCUUCUGUUCAAUCAUUGCUGGACUGCUCCACUACUUCUUCUUAGCAGCCUUUGCUUGGAUGUGCAUUGAGGGCAUACACCUCUAUCUCAUUGUUGUGGGUGUCAUCUACAACAAGGGAUUUUUGCACAAGAAUUUUUACAUCUUUGGCUACCUAAGCCCAGCUGUGGUAGUUGGAUUUUCAGCUGCAUUAGGAUACAGAUACUAUGGCACUACCAAAGUAUGUUGGCUUAGCACAGAAAACAACUUUAUUUGGAGUUUUAUAGGACCAGCAUGUCUAAUCAUUCUUGUUAAUCUUUUAGCUUUUGGAGUUAUCAUAUACAAGGUUUUUCGUCACACUGCAGGGUUGAAACCAGAAGUUAGCUGCUAUGAGAACAUAAGGUCUUGUGCAAGAGGAGCCCUCGCUCUCCUCUUCCUUCUAGGCACCACCUGGAUUUUUGGGGUUCUCCACGUUGUGCAUGCAUCAGUGGUGACAGCCUACCUCUUUACAGUGAGCAAUGCCUUCCAAGGAAUGUUCAUUUUCUUAUUCCUGUGUGUUCUAUCAAGAAAGAUCCAAGAAGAAUACUAUAGAUUGUUCAAAAAUGUCCCCUGUUGUUUUGGAUGUUUAAGAUAAGCACAGAGAACUAUGCAUAAUGAUAGUUACACAAAAAAGAAGACUCAAGCUGUUGAUGAUCACAUUAAUAAUGACUUGACCAAAUGUCAAAUGAUUAAUUACUAAAUAAAAAAAUAUUUUAAGCCACUUUUUCAUUUACAGUGUAGGAACUUUGUAGAUAAGAAGAGUUUAAAUUAUGUACCAUGUAGCUCCACUAUACUUUCCUUCAUGGUAUUGUUAGUUAUGUCACAAAUAGCAUUGCAGAUAUUUGGGAAGUAAUUGGUUUCUCAGGAGUGAUAUUAUUGCGCCCAAAGAAAGAUUUUAUUUCUAACUCAAAAAAUAUAUGAAUGUCCUGAAGGAAACCACUGGCUUGAUAUUUUUGCGACUCAUGUUGCCUUUGAAACUAGUCCCCUACCACCUUGGUAAUGAGCUCUGUUACAGAAAGUGAAACACAGAGAAUGAAGGCACAGAAUAUAAAACAGUGUAAAGGGAAUGGCUGUUAUAACAAUGAAAUGUAUUUUGAGUAAACUAGUUUUUUUUGUUUUUUAAACUAGAUGAAAAAUUGUGGAGAUAAAAUAAAGAAUUGAAUAAGCACA